CUGCUGGGGGAAGAGAGCGGUUGGGUACUGUUACCUUCUCAGCACAACUAUGCACGUUUAAGUCAUGUAAGAAGCUCAGUAAUGUCAAAAGAACAGGAUAAAGAUACCUUCUCGCUCAAAAGAAACCGAGGUAGAGAUGGUGGGCUUGAUGAUCUAGGAGGGCCGGGUGUUCUGCUGGAUAGCCCAGACAAGAAAAAGUGCAAGUCGAACGCACAGGCCCAUUUCUUCGCUCCCCUAUCUGAGUAUGCUCCACCACCAAACCGAAGUGCUGACCACCUAGUGGCUACCAAUCCUUUUGAUGACAACUACAACACACCAUCUUUCAAGCCUCUGUCCUCUGGGAACCCAUAUUUUGGCCACCCGCACUACCCUGGCUGCAGUGGCUAUGGCCUGCCCAGGAUGGACCACCUCAUGCCCAAUAGGAUGCACUCUUCUUACAGGGGUCCCUACCAAAUACGAAACCAGCUCCACCCUUUUGCCCAGACUCAAAUGGGCAUGGGGUUCAAUCGACCCCCUGACUUUAACUAUGGUUACCAUGAAAAUCCCAAUUAUGGUAACCAUCCACCAUUAACCAACAACCGUAACAUGCCACUUCCACCCAAUCAGCCUUUAAGACCAGGUCCCCAUGACAACUUGAAUCAGGUGCAUCUGCAUAAUGUGACCCAAAGCACUUCUCCUGACAUGGGCCUGAGCUUUAGAUCAGCAGUCAAUCCAAUUGGGAAUCCACCUCCCCAACCCGGCAUGGACCCUAGUCCUGGUUUUACUCGGCAACAGCAAAACAACAGCUUUACCCAGUCUAAUACACCGACACCUAAACAGGACAUGAGUGAGGUGGUGUCAAGCAAAAGUACAUCCCAGAACACAUCUCCACGGAAACGAAGCCAUGGCUCAGAGGAGACAAUGGGUCAGAAAAACUCUGUCGACCUGAAAUCAAAGAAUAGAGGUGCCCUGGUCUGUCAGGGUGCAGGUCAGCCUAACACCACAGAGAAAAUCAACGGCAUCAUCCACCCCAAUAAUGAUUCCCUGAAGAAGUCCCCACAGUCAGGCAGGCACAUGGAGGCAGCCCCCCUGGAGCGGAGUAGAAGCAAUGGAGGUGGUGGUGUGGCCAUCAAUAAGACAUUGAUGCAUCCCAACAGGCCUAGCCACUCCUCCACAGAGCCUGUGUUUCCGUGUGGAAUAUGCCUGAAUGAAGUGAAUGAUGACCAGGAAGCUAUCCUGUGUGAGGCCUCGUGUCAAAAAUGGUUCCACAGGGUUUGUACUGGAAUGACUGAGACAGCUUAUAACCUGUUGACAGCAGAGGUGUCGGCAGUGUGGGGCUGUGACAUCUGCAUGGAGGAGAAAGGGGCACAGCUCCAUAGAACAAAGGAGGUAACAGGGCAGCCAGCAGGGCAGCAGCCAACAGUUAACAGAGAGUGAUAUGGUCAUGAAUAUGGGCCGUCAGCAACAUUAUUCUCUUACACUGGUCAUUUUCUUUGAUAUGCUUCCUUUGUAGGUGAUUUUUCCUUACGUUUUUACAAAGGGUUACAUUUUUACCAUUUUGUUGUUUUAUUUGAUAUUUGGUAUAACUUGGAUAGCAGUUUCUGUCCCCUGCGUAGACCGAUGCAAAAGCUAGACUGAAGUUCUGUUUAAUGUCAUAUGUAUUCCCUAUUAUUGGGCAGGUACCAUUGGCCAUGUUGACCACAAUAAUGCCAUUCUCUUAACGAGGUCCUUACUGUUCCUCUCAACUUUCCUGGCCUAUAGUUUAUUUAAGCUAUUACAACAUCAGUAUGAGUAAGCUAUCCGGAAAGGUUAACUGAUUGACGGAUGCAAACGCAUUCAACGUUUUAAUCCGAUAUGUUUUGCAACUGCUGUUAUAGUUUGACAGAUUUUGAGCAGUAUGAUUGUUUCCCAAAAAGGUUGAUAGUCACAGCUGGAGUGGUGUUCCAACACCUGUACUGUAUGCUAUACAACCAGAUUUGGAUCUGAUACAUUUUUUAGAAAUGAUUCGAUACAUGUGGGGUCGUUCCACAAAUUUGAUGCCUUUUGAGAUGUAUAAAAAAAAUGUUUGACAGUAACAGGGUUGAAGAUGUCAUCUUAAAAUCAGCCAUAAAUUCCCUCGUGACAGGGGAAAUGGAUGUUGUGUGUGCAACAGUGAGGGGCAAUUGAAUGCAAGCUUUAAAAAAACGUAUAAAUGUUCAAACAUUUUUAGCUUGUCUAAUCUAGCUAUGGGUAAACAGGGUUGAUGUGUUAUGCUCGACCCAUUCGGUUUCCCACCACAAAACACUAUUAGAUGUUCAAAAUGUAUUUUGUAAAACAUUUUUUUUUUUUUAUCAUUUCACAAUAUUAAAACAAAAGUUCAGUUCACGUAACAGGGUUGACCUUAAAAUGAAGGUCAGGGUUCAUUUUACCUUAAAAAUAAUCACCAAUCACAUUAAAUAAAUAAUCUUCAGAAAUUACUUCGUCAAAGCAACAAAAUAACUAGGGGUUUAUAACUUGGAUAAAUCUUAAGGUUUAGUGGGUUAAUAUCUCCCUGGAAGUCAGAGAGUGCACAGAGGAACAUGUCAAAAUUGUGGCACUUAAGCAAGUCUUUAUUCAUAUUAAAAAUCAGAUUUGUUGAAUUCUCCAUGUGGUUUAUAUUAAAGGGCACUUUGAAUAUAACAGGAUUUUAAAAUUCAAUAUUGGUGCACAAUUUCUAAUUAAAAUAUCAAAGGGAUGCAAAAGGCACUAAUUUCGUGGAACAAUCCAUGUGUGUUUUUCAAACUGUUGAUAUUCAAUGUAUUUAGAGCCUUAAUGAAUUUAGUUUGUAAAACAUUAUGCAGAAUCAAAUCAAAUGUAUGUAUAUAGCCCUUCGUACAUCAGCUGAUAUCUCAAAGUGCUGUACAGAAACCCAGCCUAAAACCCCAAACAGCAAUCAAUUCAGGUGUAGAAGCAUGGUGGCUA